AUGAGUACUGUUGGGUGUUUCGAGAGUUUGGAGAGUUUGGAGAGUUUGGAGAGUUUGGAGGAGAGUUUGGCAGUUCUGAGAGAGGUUGAGCAGUUAAUUCUCCUUAGAGACAAACGCAACAUUCAACAUUAUGAAGGCAACCUGUUCGUUUGUGUUAGGUUUCUAUGUGAUCCAGGAAGAGAUAUAAAGAGAGUUCAAAGUCUCUAUAGAGCCCCUGAUCUAAAGUUUAUUUAUUAA